AUGACUCGGAGCCAGCUGAUCGACCGCAGAGGGUCGGGCUCCUUGGACAGCACAGGGCCAGAUGACCUGGAGGAGUUUGCCGGGCCGGGCCAGUCAGCGACCUUCCACCAUCCAGCCCAGGGCCAUUCCAGGCCUCUGGAGGCCUUUGGGCUGGACCGGACUGGCUCUGCAGCCAUGGUUUCCUCCCCACAGAAGGAAUCCCCUGAGAGCAUCUACCUGGAGUGUGACCCCCACCCAGCCUUCUACGAGCUGCAGGACAAAAACUCCGCAUCCCCGCCCUCCCAGCCCUCGUUCUACCUACCGGCCCCCACCCCGCCCACUGGUUUAGUGUCCCCCUGGUGCUGUGUGCAGGACCCCAGCAUCCUGACCCAACCCUGGUACGCAGACCCCUGUGACCGCCAGACAGCCGAAAGCGUCCUGCUUCUCCAAAAGGACGGGGCCUUCAUCGUACGUCCCAGCUCGAACCCCGGAGGGUCCCAGCCCUUCACCCUGGCCGUGCUGCUCCACAACCGUGUCUACAACGUCCCCAUCCGGCGGCUGGACGGCGGGCGGCACUACGCUCUUGGCCGUGAGGGGAAGAUCCGAGAGGAGCUCUUCUCCAGCGUGGCCGCCAUUGUCAAGCACUACUCGCGGAAGCCACUUCCCCUUGUGGACAGGCACACGGGCGCCCGUCAGUUUACCUGUCUUCUCUUCCCCACUAAACCCUGACUUCUGUCUCUCCCCUGGCCUCAGCUUUACCACAUGGCACUAGU